AUGUCCACCAUCUGGCAUCCUCUGGCCAGUGACACCAUCCCUGAACCCUUCUGCUAUCUGCACCACAUCCCCAUCCCACACCCAAUCUUCCUCAUCCAGAGCUUAGAGCUUCCCAAUCCUUCUCCCCACCCCAUCACAUCACCCACCACUCCCUACCACAUUCUCUAUAAGGCAAAUCCCACCUACUACCUCUCCUUCUGUGCUGCCCUUUACUCCAGCUUUGUCUGCCUCUCCUCUACCCCCAUAGCAGAGGGCAACAUCUCCUCUCUUGGCAACUGGCUCCUCACCUUCCACUCUAAAUUCCUGGAGGAGUCAGAUCUCAGCCAUCACUUCCUUCCUACAAGGCCUAACUUCACAUCCUGCCCUUGCCCCUCUCACACCCAAGACCAGCUCCUCCUCCUCUUCUGGUCCAUGGAAAGUGUGGAAGUCCAUUGGCUAAUGUUUCCCUCCACUCUGUUCUGUUCCUUCUUUCAACAAAAUACAUUAGCCCUUUUUUUACACUUAUGCCUUGAAAUUCUUCAUUGCCCCCACCUGCUUUUACCAUGA